AUGGAGCCGCGGAAUAGAAGACGUCGGAGGAGGCGGACGUCUCCUAUCGCCGCUUUCGUCAUCACUGAAUCUUCGAAGGUUGUCAGAGGAGGCGGAGCGCCGAAAAAGGGAGGACGACGGUCGGCGGAGAAGAACGGGGCCGCCACCGCCGAGACUAUCGAUGAUCGGGAGGCACGUGCCGCUCUUCGAACAAUUUGCACUCGAUUCUCAGGUUCAGAUUACCUUCCAGUUCAGGUCAGAAGUUUGAGAGAGGGAAUGGAAGAAAGAAAAGAGUGGGAGAAGUUCGAGGAAACUUUUUGA